GCAGCAGUGCCAGGGCGCGCUGGAGGCUGCGCUCGAACGGGAGGCGGAUGAGGUCCGUGCGGCCAGGCAGACUUGCAGUGCCGCAGCGGCAUCUGGCAUCGCUCAAGAGGCAGCCCAGCCAGUCGUGGCGCAGGUCCAGCCAGGCUUCGUGGGCUCAGCAGUGCCGCCUGGCCCUGAAGACCAGCAACAAGAGCAGGAGCAGCAGGUCCUCCAGCCAGUGCUGCCGCAGUGCGAGGAGGCCUCCCCUCCCGCGCAUCAGCACCCGGAGCAGCAGCAGCAGCAAGCCAGCCAGCCAGUCUUGCCGCAGGUCACCCUGACAGGCGCAGAGGAGGAGGGCAUUCUUCCAGUGCCGGGCACGGACAGCCCAGAGGACUUGCGCGAGCAGCAGCAGCGGAUCCACUCUGCGCAGGCGCGUCUCCAGGCCGGCGGCUCCCUCGAUGGCGUGUGGAACUUGGACGACCAGACGGUGCGCAUCUCCGGCAACCAGGUCCUGUGGAGUGAUGGCGUGGUUUGGCUCCUCGAGAAAGACGAUCAGGAUCGGCUGAUGGUUGCGGUCGGUAACAGCACGUACUACGCCAAGCUUGCCGGGUCCACCAUCGAGUGGAGCGACGGCGACAUUUGGAUCCGGGAGGAGCCGCAGCCGGUUGACGCCCCUGGGGAGGCCGCCCAGGCCCCGCCGGAGGCCAGCCAGGUGCAGGAGGUGCAGGUGCUGGUCGCCGCGCCGCCCGAGGCUGCCGCGCCGCCGCCCCAGGCUGCCGAGCCGCCGCCGCAGGCGGCCGCGCCGCAGCCAGGGGACGAUGCGCAGGCGACCCAGGGGAGCGCGCGGGAGCAGGCGGGACCUGGCGACGCCCCCGCGGCGCCCGCGCCCCAAGCGGCGCCCGCGUCCGUGCACGGCUUCCACAGGAGGGACCAGGUGGAGGUGUGGAGCAACUCAAAGGGCAAGUGGCUGCCGGGCACGGUCAAGAGGGUGUACCCCGAGGACACAGUCGCCGAUGGCUACGAGAUGCCGAAGAACACCAUCAAGGUGGAGUCCGCGGCGGGGACCAAGUACAUUAUCGAAGCGGAAAUUCACGCGACAGUGCGUCACAAGCAGGUGGCGUCGGAGGCCGAGCAGCCCGAGCCCCGCGAGCCGCCGGCGGCCGACGCCGCGGCGGCUGGCGGGAGGCAGAGGGCCAGGAGCCCCGCCGAGAUGGCGGCGAUGGCCGCGCGCGGCGCCAAGGCCGCCAGCGGCGCCGGCCCGAGGGCCGCAGGGCUCGCCGCCGUCGGCAGCGAGGAGGUCUCGAACCCUGGCGGCAACGACCAGCAAGACGUGCCGCACGUGACGGAGCAGGACGGUUGCUUGCACUGGGAGGUGACCUUGAAGAAGGAGGCCGUCGAGGAUAAGUUCGGCUUCGUGCAGGCCAACGGCAGACUAGACUUCGAGUCACGGAUGAUGUCGCUGUCGCAGCGUUCGCCGCAGCAUGCCAGGUCGCCCUCGAAGCCUCCCCCAGCGUCUGCGCCAGAGUCCCUCAUCGUGCGCAAGGUGCACGACCACGGCCUCCUGAGGCUCUGGAACCUCAGGCACAGGGGCGCGGAGGUGCGGCCGCUGGACCGCAUCGUCCGCGUCAACGGCGAGGCGACGGUGGAGGGCAUGCAGCGAGAGAUCCGCUCACGGCGGGUGCUCAUGAACAUCGUGAGGUACCCCGACCUCUUCGAGGUCACCCUGAGCAAGGACGGUGGCAAGAAGUUGGGCUUUCGUUUCGAGAAGCCCUCCAUCCCCACCGCCGAGGGCGUGCGCAUCACCGAGGUCCUGGCGGAGGGCGCGCUGCCGGAGCACAACACCGGCCAGCUGACCCUGGACCGGUGGCACUACGUCGUGCUGCCGGACAUGCGCAUCGAGUCCGUGAACGGCAUCUCCGGCGACAGCGUCCAGAUCGCGGCGGAGCUGAAGAGGGCGGGCGCCGUGCGCCUCGUGGUCCGCUCUCUCGGCAAGAUGUGUUUGCCCUCGCCCACGGGGCCUCGGGAGGAGGACAAGGACGAGGACGAGGACAAGAGGGAGAGGGACGGCACAAGAGGGAGAGCACUAGCAAUGUAA